CCUAGAAAGCAAACUGCGCGGGACGGACCAAGAGUCGGGUAGCAUUACAGCAAGAAAUGGGAGUAUAUUUAAAUGCAAAGCAUAAUGAAACACAAAUUAAGGAGAGGUAGGCUCGUAACAAAGAAAAAAAUUAUAUGGAGCGAUAGACUAGGCCAAUAACAAUAAAGGUUUAGGAAAAUCCCAACAAAAGAUGUAGAAGAAGAAGACCCCGGAGAACAUCGAAGGCGAGUCUCACAACUCGGGCUGCGGAAAAUUGCGAACGAAGACGAUAUGUCUGACGACGACAGCUCCGAUGACUCCCAAAAUCUGGUUUCGGUAAUGAAAAAGCCUAAGCACGAACAGCCGGAGCCGCCCGAUGGCACGUGGAGCGCCCUCAUGGUGGGCUGCGGAGUGGUUCUGGGCCUGAUCGCAGUGGGCGUCCUCUUCUUUCUCACCGCAAUGGGCACCAAAGCCGUCAAGUCCCCAGACGCCUCAGCCCCCAAAGGCACUGUUGGUAGCGGUGCCUCUACCGCCGCUGAUAACAAGAAGAAGCCUGAGGGAGGUGGCCAGGUCGGCGCCAGGAGGCGGGGCACGAAACGCGCCGUCGGCGACAGCACCAGCGACGCCGCCGGUACCGGCACCACAGGCAAGCCUGCCGAACGCGCCCGCAAGCGUGACAGAAGUGUCAAGAAGGGCGACAUGUCCACCGCCACCCACGCCGUAGGGAGCGGCAACGCGGUCAGCUGGAAAUCGCCCUCGACAACGCCAAGUCCUCCUCAACGGAAACAGAUGACUGCGAGCCCUCUUGUGUGCGUGUUCGGCAACCGCACCGACUGGAAGAUGCACUUCCCGGAGGACGGCCUCUGCGACCUGGUGUUCUACGACUCGCUCUACGUACACCGAGGCAACACGUUCCAGGCUGGUGACAACUUCACGGCCGACCUGCAGCGAUGGCUGUCCGCCGUCAAGGCGUACAACGUCACCGAGCCCGGCAUCGCUGUAACGUCAAUGAGCGUUGAAAAAGCAAGAAGUGACGCCUCGACGACAAAAGGAAAUGCGACGUUUCGCCGACUGCGGGCAUUUGGUGUGCGCCACUACGGCGUUCUUGACUUCCACCCGACAAACUUAACCGAGGAACGAUAUGUGCAGAUUGUGCUUCGUCUCUUUGCGAAGCUCAGGAAGAUGCAUGACAGUCACGUUCCCAAAGGCAGGGGCUUCAAGCAGUACUUCGCUGUGGGCGUAACCUACGUGAAGCACGCCGACAACAAGGUAUACACAGCCAUCGAGAGGGCUGCAAGCAAGGGGGAAAUACAGCUGGUCAUCCUGCGCAUGCACCUCGGCAGCAGAGACGAGGCUAUCCGGGGAGAGUGCCUCAUUACGGGAUCCACGGUCUGGGGCAAGCCCGUCGCCGAACACCAUCCGAGCAUCGAAAGCACGUUGCAGUACUUACGGCAACGGAGGUCGUCCUUUGGCGAGUCCGCGAGGCUGCUCGUGUCGGUGUCGCUGGCCGGUCGGUGGUACACGUCCCUGAAGGGAGGCAACCAGAAGGACGCAUACGCCGUCGGAGCAAAGUGCAAGCCUUUCCAGUUUGGCACCGGCCUGAAAGAACUCGGCUCCCGCGUCACUGCUUGCACCGAGCAGCACUACGCGGCCCACGUGACGAGGGAGGAGCGGCGUGAGGUGAUGAGCACCUACGAUGGGAGCACAGGGCUGGCCUUCGUGUUCGACAGCGAGCUGACGCUGUACGCAAAGGUGUGCAAGGCACGAAACGCCCUGAAGGACAUUCGGCCCAUCGGGCUGGCCGUGUUCGACGCCGAGUUCGACGACUGGUCCAACACUUGCACAAGCUGGAACAAGUUCGGCAACUACACACUCAUGCGCACCGCACGCAAGUCGGUGGACGCCAUUGGGGCGCAUAACGCCACGCACGUGCUGGAUUGCGCCACGUUGCCAAAGUAAAGGAUCGCACAGGCUCCUCUUCCCGCUCAAUAAAUUGGCCAUCAGGCCCGUUUGUAA